AUUACUCCAUCCAACAAACCCUAGGAAGUACGGAUCGAGACGAAAAUGGUGUCAUUGAAGCUACAGAAGAGGCUUGCCGCCAGUGUCCUCAAGUGCGGCAGAGGCAAGGUUUGGCUGGAUCCUAAUGAAGGAAAUGAAAUCUCAAUGGCGAAUUCACGUCAGAACAUCCGUAAGCUUGUUAAAGAUGGGUUUAUCAUCAGGAAGCCUACCAAGAUUCAUUCGCGGUCCCGUGCUCGUCGUAUGAAGGAAGCAAAAAGAAAGGGGCGUCACUCUGGAUAUGGUAAACGUAAGGGUACCAGAGAGGCAAGAUUGCCAACUAAGAUCUUGUGGAUGAGGAGAAUGAGAGUGUUGAGGCGGUUGCUUCGCAAGUACCGUGAGGCUAAGAAGAUUGACAAGCAUAUGUACCAUGACAUGUACAUGAAGGUGAAGGGUAAUGUUUUCAAGAACAAGCGUGUGCUCAUGGAAAGCAUUCACAAAUCAAAGGCUGAGAAGGCUCGUGAGAAGACACUCUCCGACCAAUUUGAGGCCAAACGAGCAAAGAACAAGGCCAGCAGGGAACGGAAGUUGGCACGAAGGGAGGAACGUUUUGCUCAGGGCCCACAAGAAAAAGCACCGGCAGUGGCUGCUCCAGCAUCACAGCCGGCUGCACAGGCACCAAAGAAAUCCAAGAAGUGAGGACUGUAUGUUGGAGAUGAAGAACAUGUUGAUGUUUUUAAUAGCCGUGCGGUUUAGUUUUUUGAUAUGUUUGUCGUUGUCGUGGUUUUAUAAAACAGUUUUUAUUAAAUGGUGCGUUUUUGUCAUACUCUUGUUUAAUGUUGGUUAUACCAGUAGCACUUGCAGUAAUUUUCUUUU